CAUGAGCCCGCACCUCCGCCUCGUCCUCCUCCUCGCCGCCGCCGCCGCUCUCUGCCGGGGUGCGCCGCUGGCCGGGGAGCUGCGCUGCCGCUGCGUGCGGACCGUGUCCGAGGUGAUCCCGCCGCGCCGCCUGGCCCGCGUGGAGUUCGUCGCCGAGGGGCCGCACUGCGCCGUGCCCGAGGUCAUAGCCACGACGAAGCAGGGACAGACGGUCUGCCUGAGCCCCUCCGCACCCUGGGUCAAGCUCAUCGUCACCAGGAUCCUCAACAGUUCACAUAACCAGCUCUGAGAGGAGAAACAUCUCCAAAUGAAGCUACCUGUGUUUGUUGGAAGAUACUGGGAAAUGGAUGCUGGAAGAAGAUAAUAGCCCGACUCUCUCAUUUUGAUGAGUUUGUAGACCAGCUGUUCUGUGGUCAAUCCCUCUUAAGACUCUCCCCUCCCCUCAUAUUUAUCAUUGCCUACUCCUACGUAUGUAUUUAUUGACUGAGCUAAAGUGAUUGAAUCCGUUUGAUAAGACAGCAUAGGCUUUGCUAGGUACCUCUCGGCGACCUUGCUGCAGUUCUCACAAUUUGAGUAGCCCCACCAUUGUGCAAGCCCUUUCCCUCCAAAUACUAUUUGACAACAGGUUCUUACAAAUAGCAUUAAUAUCCGAAAAGAAGAUGGGUCCAUCGUGGAGACCGUUGUGCAAACGUCUGCAGAUAGUCUGAUAUACAGAGGUUUGAGUGGGUAGCGUUGAUGAUAGCGGGUAGUCCUUCCAUUAGGAAUAACAAGAUUGCUAAGUUUGAGUGCUAUCUGGCACUUAGCAUUUUAGUGCCCGUUCAGGAUUACACGGGAAUAAAAACUGGUUGAAGCAAGCGCAGUGCUGUGCUGCCAUGCUCAAUCUGCUGCCUCAGGUGCCUAAAUGAGCCUUGGGCUCAGAAUGUUUUGCUAAAUCUUUUUUUCCCUCUAUAACUUACUAGCAUUUACUGUAGAAUGCCUAGGAUCUUUUUGCACAAGGUACUGCACAAUGAAAUGACAGAAAGCUUGCUCCUGAAGUCUCACUCUGUUCAAUACUUAGGACAGUUUAAGAAUUUCUGUGAAAUUGUGGGGUUUCGUGCUGAGAUUGUUUUGGUUUCUAACAAGAUAAUGUUGGGGUUGGUUUGUUUGUUUGUUUUUAAAUGAGUUUACAUUUAAUUAUUAUUUGGUAUUUAUACACAAGAUGUAAAGGAACAGUAAAUGUUCUGAAGAGGCUUAGAUGUUUUAUGUCUACUUGUAUGACAUACUGUCAUAAUUCAUAUAGAAUAAGUAAUUUUCCUUAUUCUGCUCUGGAAAAAUGUAUUCAUAUAAAAAGGUGGAUUUAUCAUGAAAUGAUAAUGUAAUGAAAUACAAUGCAAUAAAAAUAUUUUCUUCUUGAAAAAUA